AUGCCGUCUUCGGCACGGACUCUGAUUGAAGUGAGCCUUCUAGUCGAGCCACGAGGCAUGUUAUUCCAGACCGGUCAUGUCACUCCAAGUAUCGGGCCCGCCAUCGUCAAAACGCUCGAUCUUCUCGCCAAAUCUAACGUGAAGGUCUUUGGAACUAGGUCAAUCGAAGAUCUCGAGCGUCUUGCAGAAGUGAAAGAGAAGGUUCCAGACCUUGUCUCUACAAAAGACGAACUAGAGCUCUUUGUGGCGGUGGAGCAACUUGCGGAGGUGCAGAUGAAGGUGAGGUCGACGCGCAUGCAUAGGCUUCGGGAAUUGAAGCUUGGCCAGCUGAUUGCGUGCACGGAUUCGAAGCCAAUGACACAGCAGCCCAACGGUCGAUUUGUCCAGGCACAUACUGCCAGAGGCUCAUCAAUCAAGGACACGGGAGGCUCCAAGAAUUGUCUGGCAUCUAACGGAGGAAAAGCUACCUGGUUGAAAUGGACUAAUGGGCAUGGAAAUUGA